AUGUCUUCUCCUAUUCUAGGAGACAGCCCCUCUCUACAUGAGCGUUCUGAGAGAGAGCAAAUACACCUGAAAGACACACCUCUCGAAAAGCACCAUACUAGUUUUCCAACGAACACUCCCACCGAUCCAAAUCCAGUCGUUCCUGGCGAUGGAGAUAGUCCAGGCCAUGUCGUGCGUGAUCGGGGCCCUCGCUGUCACCAUCAGUCUUCUAGGGGUGAAAAUUGUAGCGAGCAAGGGUGGGGGCCUGAGUUUUUCCCAAACGGUGAAGACCCUGGGACUCCAACUGAAAUGAACAGUCCCACAAGCUAUGAUGCUUUUGCUUCGGGCCCCCAAUCCAAGCCCCUUCAAGGGCCUAGUCAUGGCACCGGCCCAAAUCAGAAACCUCGGGGAAGGCGCAAUGCGAGGAAGUUAGCUCAACCUGCCAGGGAACCUCAAAGUUCAGGAAAGAUCCAAAAGAAGAAGUUAGAGAGGUCGCAAAAACACGGCAACAGCUCAAGAACUACGUCAGGUCGGCCAAUUUCACCAGGGAUACAGAGGGGGCUCGAGGUCUUCCGGGAACAACUAAGACUUCCGGAAAAGCAAAACCAGAGGCGGUUAGAGGCGAGCCAGGGUGAAACGUCCGAGAAGAACUAG